AUGGCCGGCCGUGGGCACGGCUGCGGCUGCUUCCCGGGCCACCUGAACGAGGACAACUCGAGGUUCCUGCUGCUCAUCGUGCUGCUCAUGCUCUACCUGCUCGGGGGCGCCGCGGUGUUCUGUGCGCUGGAGCGCGCGCCCGAACGCCUGGCCCAGCACAACUGGGGCAGGCGGCUCACCAACUUCAGCCGCCACUACAACGUGAGCGUCGACGAGAUCAAGAACUUUCUGCGCCUCUACGAGAAGGCCACCAUGGCCGGCAUCCACGUGGACAGCGUGCGACAGCGCUGGGACUUAAUGGGCGCCUUCUAUUUCGUGGCCACCGUCGUGACCACCAUAGGGUUUGGGAUGACAACUCCCACGACAAUACCAGGGAAAAUUUUUCUGAUCUUUUAUGGCCUCGUGGGCUGUGCAAGUACCAUCUUGUUCUUCAACAUCUUCCUGGAGCGUCUGGUCACCCUCAUAGCCUACACCAUGAAGUUGUGCUACCAGCGGAAGCUGCAGAGACAAAGGACUUUGCCCCAGGAGGACACCACAAAGUCGAGCACACACUUAGAUAGCCUGAGUGACUGGAAGCCUUCGGUGUACCAUGUCAUGCUAAUCCUGUUUCUGGCCUCCCUCCUCAUCUCCUGCUGUGCCUCACUCAUGUACACCUCCUUUGAAGGCUGGACCUACUUGGACUCACUUUACUUCUGCUUUGUGGCCUUCAGCACCAUUGGCUUUGGGGACCUGGUCAGCAGCCAGCGUGCCAAGUACGACAGCCAUGGCCUCUACGGCUUCGCCAACUUUUUCUUCAUCCUCAUGGGAGUCUGCUGCAUUUACUCCUUGUUCACCCUCAUUGCCAUUCUCAUCAAAAAUCUAGUAAACUGGAUUCUACAGAAGUUGAAAAGAAGGUGCAGCUGUCAGGUCAGGCCCAGGUUCCUAGAAAAACGCAGAAACGCCGUGAUGCCGGGUCACGUCCAGAACCGUAGUAGCAUCUCCAUCGACUCAGACGGUGUCCUGGAGAGUGACGCAAGCAGGUGGCGGCUCUCGGGAGAGAUGAGCUCCAUGGAUUUCCUGAACUACAAGAGCUCUCUGACCAUACGGCAGAAGCAGUCCCACAGCAUAGCCAGCCACUUGCAGCACCAGGCCGGCUCAGGGUUAGAGGAUGAGUUCUCAGGAGGGGUAGGAGCCCUGGCCAUUAUGAACAACAGGCUGGCAGAGACCAGUGGGGACAGGUAA